CGCCACAUUAUGCUGCAGCUGCGGCAGCGGGAUCGGACGCAAAAGGCACUCUUCCUGGAGCUGAUGCCGGCCUAUAACCGUCUUCUGGAGAAGGCUGAGCUGCUGGCCCAGUUCUCAGAGAAGCUGCAGCCAGAGCCCAACGAUGUCACUUCUACCACCCACCAGGAUCCCUGCUGGGAGGAGUCGGGGCCUGACUCAGACCAAGGACCAUCAUCACCCAUUCUGAGAGUGAAGUGGCAGCAGGAGGAAGAGGGGCUACGGCUGGUCUGUGGUGAGAUGGCUUACCAGGUGGUGGAGAAGAACACAGCCCUAGGCACCCUGGAGUCGCAGCUGGAGGAGCGGCAAAGCAGGCUGGCGGCGCUGGAAGUCAGCGCAGCACAGUUGAAGGAUGCGCGGGAGCAGCUGGCAAAGCAAGUGGAAGCCCUGCAGGCACGAAACGCGACACUGCGGACCGCCUACGACACGCUGCGGGCACACAGAGGCCUCCAGGAGGCGGCACUGCGCAGGCUCGAGGAGGAGGCGCGCGACCUGCUGGAGAAGCUCGUGCUGCGCAAAGCGCGCGCCGCUGCCGAGCGCAACUUGCGCAAUGAGCGCCAGGAGAAAGCCAAGCAGGCACGAGUCUCCUUUGAACUGAAGAAGGCUGCCAAGCGGGCUGUGAGCAUCAGCGAGAACCCAGACACCCUUCCUGAUCUGGUCAGGGAGGGGGUGGAGAUUCCUGCCCUGGCAGCUGAGCCUGUGUCCCUGGAGAGUGAAGGUUGUGAGAAGUGGAAGAGGCCCUUCAGGUCUGCCUCCGCCACCUCCCUGACGCUGUCCCGUUGUGUGGAUGUGGUGAAAGGUCUACUGGAUUUCAAGAAGAGGAGAGGUCAUUCAGUUGGGGGAGCCCCUGAGCAGCGAUACCAGAGCCUCCCGGUGUGCGUGGCUGCCCGACUUCCUACCCGGGCUCAGGAUGUGCUGGAUGCCCACCUCUCUGAGAUCAAUGCUGUUCGUUUUGGCCCCAAUAGCAGCCUUCUGGCUACUGGAGGGGCUGACCGCCUUAUCCAUCUCUGGAAUGUCGUGGGAGGUCGCCUGGAGGCCAAUCAGACCCUCGAGGGAGCUGGUGGCAGCAUCACCAGUGUGGACUUCGACCCCUCGGGCUCCCAGGUAUUGGCAGCCACUUACAACCAGGCUGCCCAGCUCUGGAAGGUGGGGGAAGUACAGUCCAAGGAGACGCUAUCUGGACACACGGACAAGGUGACAGCUGCCAAAUUCAAGCUAACAAGGCACCAGGCGGUGACGGGGAGUCGAGACAGAACAGUGAAGGAGUGGGACCUUGGCCGUGCCUACUGUUCCAGGACCAUCAACGUCCUUUCCUACUGUAACGAUGUGGUAUGUGGGGAUCAUAUCAUCAUCAGUGGCCACAAUGACCAGAAGAUCCGGUUCUGGGAUAGCAGGGGGCCUCACUGUACCCAAGUAAUCCCUGUGCAGGGCCGAGUCACGUCCCUGAGCCUUAGCCACGAUCAGCUGCACCUGCUUAGCUGUUCCCGUGACAACACACUCAAGGUCAUAGACCUGCGUGUCAGCAAUAUCCGCCAGGUGUUCAGGGCUGAUGGCUUCAAGUGUGGUUCUGACUGGACCAAAGCUGUGUUCAGUCCGGACAGAAGCUAUGCCCUGGCAGGUUCCUGGGAUGGAGCCCUUUACAUCUGGGAUGUAGACACGGGGAAAUUAGAGAGCAGCCUUCGGGGGCCUCACUGUGUUGCUGUCAACGCCGUGGCCUGGUGCUACUCUGGGAGCCACGUGGUGAGCGUGGACCAGGGCAGGAAGGUUGUGCUCUGGCACUAAGACCAGCACUGGGCCUGCCUGGGCUAGAGCGCUAGUCCACAGGCAGCCAGA